AGUAAACGAUUUUGUGUUCAAAAAAAGAAAAAAAUAGCAAACGAUUUAACAGUAAAAUCUUUCCGAGAGAAAAAGGUGAAAACAAAACCCUAAAGAAAGAAAUAAUGGCGGCAUGAAUGAAUUUCCCUCUCAAUUCAAAACCCUUCCUUAUAGACUCUCCUACCUACCAAUCCCUUCUCCUUGUCGGAAUCUUCCUCCUCAGCUUCUUCUUUUACUUGAGCUUUCUCCUCCAAAAGCUAAACCCUAGCUUCUUCAAAAAAUUCGAUCUAGGGUGGUUGUUGAUGGCGGAACCGUCGCCUGAAAUCGAAACCCUAGACGAAGACGAGCCUUCACCCACCGCGCCGGUUCGAUCCCUCUCUCUUUCGUCGCCAAUUCGCCAGAUCCAAAAUCCAGAUGAAUCUCCUCCCUCUUCGGAUGAUGAGUGCAUAGAUUCUCAGAUUCUCCGAAUCACGAGCCCUGGAUACUCUUUCUAUGGAGACUUGUAUAAUAAUCGCACUCCAAGGAGGUACAUGCGGUGGAAUUUGGACUAUAGUAGCGACGAUGAUGAUCUCACAAAACCUAUUGAUAUCUUCCGAUGGUCGUCGUCUCUUCCUAAGAUUAACAAACCCACAGGCGUUGGUGCUGGUUUAAGUAACUCAGGCAACACUUGUUUCAUUGCUUCCGUGUUACAGUGCCUUACUCAUACUGUGCCUCUCCUCGAUGCCCUUCGUACUUACAAGUAUCACAACCCUUGCAACUGUGGCAAUGAGAAUUUCUGUGUUCUGCAAACUCUCCGAAACCAUACUGAGCAUGCUCUACGGUCUUCAGGAUACGAUAUAAAGAUUGAUCGGUUUCGUGAUAACCUUAAUUAUUUCUCAUCCGACUUCCAGAUAGACCACCAAGAAGACGCUCAUGAGUUUCUACAGUCGUUUUUGGAUAAGCUAGAGAAAUGUUGUCUGGAUCCUGGUAGUAGAGAUAACUCUGCCUCUGCCUCUGUCUCUUCUCAAGAUGUUAACAUUGUUCACAAUAUCUUUGGUGGGCGUCUCGUUAGUAAGCUUCGCUGUUGCAACUGCAAUUCCGUUUCAGAAACAUUUGAAACGUCCCCUGGAUGGAGUCUCGAGAUAGAAGACGUGGAAGAUCUUUCGAGUGCGCUAGAGUCUUUUACAUGUGUGGAAAAACUCGAGGACCAGUUUACCUGUGAUGACUGUAAAGAGAAAGUCUCAAAGGAGAAGCAACUCAAGUUCGAUAAGCUGCCUCUUGUUGCUGCGUUUCAUUUGAAGAGGUUUAAGAACAAUGGGGUUUAUAUGCAGAAGAUCUUCAAAGAUGUCAAGUUCCCUUUGGAGUUGGAUUUGCUCUCUUACAUGAGCAGUAACGAAAAUCCUCAAGAUUCCACAAAAUACCAUCUCUAUGCCAUGGUGGAGCAUCUCGGGAAUGGUAUACAUUUUGGUCAUUACUCAGCAUAUGUGAGAUCAGCUCCUGAGACAUGGCAUCGUUUUGAUGAUGCAAAGGUAUGGAGAAUCAGCGAAGAAUGUGUUCUAUCAAAGGAUGCAUAUAUGUUAUUCUACGCAAGAGAAGGUACUCCUUGUUUUGCUAGUGCGUUUGAAGAGCUGAAGACACUAUUUGAAGCCACUCCGAUGAAUUUAUCGCCCAAGUCGGUGCUUGAGACUACUACUACUACCUGUAGCGAGGAGUGUGUAAGCGACCUAAGUUACCAGACUGUCUCUGAUUCCAACCACGCCCGUAACGGCUCGGUGGGAGUUGUAUCGAUCCCUGGUGGAAACUACUCAGAUUACCAUUGCGAUGAGGCACAGGAUGAAAUGUUUCAUUCGGCAGAAUCUAACAGUGACGACGAAUAUUUUGCGUUUGAGUCACCCAAGGCUGAUGACUCUGAGAAACCAUUUGCCGAGACCUUUCACCAAGAAGAGCAUCACUUGUAUCCAGAUGGCAACAGAGUUUCCACCAAUGAAGCUUCUGUGCCUGUGCUCGAGAUUCAAGAGCAAGUCUCGUCUCCAAAACGUAAAGAUGCCGAGAGAGCUAUGAUUGGUGAAGAAACUUAUCUGACUAAACGCAAGAUGCAAAAGCAAAAUCCGUUUUCGAAAGGCCAAGGACCAUUUCAGAUUCGACGUGAGCAUUUGCAGAAUAAGAAGAGAGAAGAAAGUUGUAGACCAAAUGUUGCAGAUCCUAAGGAGAAGAAACAUGCUGUUUCAUAUCUAAUGAGUCGGCCUCAUUCAUCUCGGUCUCGAAUGAUUGCUGCAGCUAUGGGUGUUAAGGUCAAGAGGAAGAAAGUCUGUAACAUCAGAAGAUCGCAUCUUCACAGGAAUUUCUCUGAACGGCAAUCAAAAUGAAAAGCUUGGGAUAACUUUCUUUAUUUGUUAUGACGGUUUAGAUUGAUAUAGAUCAAACGGUUUAGAUUGAUAUAGAUCAAAUUUUGUAAAGCUCUAACCAAAGUUCCUUUAUAAAAUUAUUCCAUUGGUUUUAUUAAUGCUU